GUGGCGGGAAAAUUUUUUAAAUAUGUAUGCGCCAAACUCGAUUCGUCCGAAGUUGUCUGCAAGUCAAACUCAUAAAUUGCAUUUCAAGUUUUCAACGACGUUGUUGAUGUUUAAAAACAUAAAAAUUUAAUAAUAAAAUGAAUAGAAUGGUCAGUGUCAUAUUAGAAAGAUGAUAGUUAUUCACUAUCAAUUAUUCCACGAAACGUGUGUGUAUAUUGUUUAGAAAAUAAUUUGACUAAUGUGCAAAAACGUGACAAAAACAACCUGAGACCUAACCUCACUUUCUUAAAUCAACGAGAUCAACAGUGGAUACGAGUGAAUUAUUGAGAGAGCAUCAGGAGAAGGUUGUCGAUCUGGAGAAACAAUUAGAAGUCGAAAAGAAGAAAUUACUCGAAGCUGAGGAAGAAAUGUGUCAUUUGAAAGAACAAUUGUUAGAGCACAGUAAAUUUAGUAUAAGUUUAGGAGCAGUUUUGGGCAAUCUUUUAUGGCACGCUUCAAAAAUACCGGAUGUAACAGAAGUAUGGAUUUCAAAGCCGUAUAUAAAACUGGAUGAAUUUUUCGGAGCGGUGAAUGGCACUUUCUUCUCAUUUAUAAAGACCUAUGGGGAAACUGAACUUCCAAUUAAUAGUGAUGAGUGUCAAUUUGUAAUGAGUCUUUUGGGAGUCACUGCAAAUCUCACUGUGAGUGGAAAGGAAUUUAUUGUGACAAGAGCCACUGGAAAGGAACUCAUCAAGAAUCUUGUUGAAUACUUCGCCUAUUUACAAUUAGCAACUCCACGACAUGCUUUAUGGAGGUGUAAAAAGAUAAUCCUAUGCAUUUUGUACAACAUCAGUCUCAACGUAAUUGGAGUUGAAUUGUUACUUGAUUUUCAAGUGGCAGAUAAAGUUUUACGUGAAUGCUUUAAGGAAUCAACGCCGGACGAUAUAAAUCUAUAUUGUCUCUAUAUUCUCGAUUCAUUAACAUGCAAUUUAAAGAAUCCGAAAUAUUUCCAAGAAAUACUUGCAUCAAUUCCAUUGGAAAAAAUCGAAAAAAUCGCUACAGCCGAAGAUUAUCAAAUGAUUACGAUAAUAAAGAAAAUUAAGAAAAAUUUAAAAGCAACACAAAAUCUUUUGAAUGCAAAAUCUUGAUCAGCCACAUCAAAAUAAAUUUUAUAUGCAUAUUAAUAAAUUACAAUACCGCAAGUUUCAUAAAAAAAAGAAAUUGUCAA